AUGAGCAGUUUAAGAAAAGAUGAAUUUUACGAACACAUGCGAAGGCUAGGAAGGUUGUCUCACCUUAAUCUGCUGCCGCUUGUGGCUUUCUACUACACAAAUGUAGAAAAACUUUUGAUAACCAAGGUUGCUGAACAAGGCAGCUUGGCUAGUCACCUCAAUGGUAAUCGAAGUCCUCAACAACUAGCUCUUGACUGGCCAACCCGCUUAAAGAUCAUCAAAGGUACAGCCAAGGGAUUGGCUUAUCUUUACAAGGAGCCCCCUAACAUAACCGUACCACAUGGCCAUCUAAAGUCAUCCAAUGUUAUGCUAAACUACACACAUGAACCCCUUCUAGUUGAUUAUGGCCUAGCACCAGUGAUCAACAAGAAGCACGCCCAACAAUUUAUGGUAGCCUACAAAUCACCAGAGUCUACACAAAAUGACAGUUUAAAUAGAAAGAUUGACGUAUGGAAUCUUGGGAUUCUGAUGUGUUGCUGUGAAUGGGAUGUGGAGAAAAGAUGGGAUUUGAAUGAAGCUGUUGAGAAAAUUGAAGAGUUAAAGGAAAGGGAUUGGGGUGAUGACUUCUCUUCAAAUGCUAGUGAAGAUGUGUAUUCAUCGAGGGUCUAUUACUAA